AUGCCAGGCCUCACGACACCAUUACCUGGGUCGCUUGGAGACAAGGUUUAUCGCUUCUAUCCUUGUUUGCUCAAGGCCCUGGACGAUGCUUCGGAUGAGGUUGGUGGUUGUUGUGAGCUCUUGUGCAUAGAUUCUAACAGACUACAAUCAAAUUCCACUGGGCAUUUUGCUUAUCCAUUUAAGAAGAAGUGUAACUGUAAUGUGAGGACUUGGUAUAUAAGUGCAGAAAUUAACGUCACCUUAUUUUGUUAUUUCGGGGCACAACAAAUAAGAAGGACAAUUUUUGAAGUUUUCGUAACGCAGCUAUUACUAUUUUACAAACCUAUUAAAAACGAAAAAAUAGGAGUGGUGCAAAAAAAGGUGAGUGGUGGUGCAUUUCCACUUUACUACCUCGACCUUGUUGGUACCGUCUUGUGUAGAAGUAAUAUAUGUUUCGAAGUCGUCGCCUUGUGUCAGAUCUUAUUAAUUGCUGUGCAAAAUCUGGUCACUAAAAAUGGGAUUUCGGACAAUCGUUUAAGCUCUAAAGAAAGUCGUGCUGCAUGUUUGUGUCUGAUUUGUGAAAACUGUGGUUUUACUAGUUCGUGCGUCUCGGAUAUAUUUUGUGUCCAAAAAGAUAAAAUUGACAUGGGUGCUGCUCUUGACAUAAUGCCGGCUACCCUCUUACUGUUUAGGCAGCAGUUUAGUCAGUUAAGUAGUGAGAGUGUUGGUAUCACUUCAGAACAAGAUUGCAUCUGUUCCCCCGGAAUUUCGAUAUCAAAUGUGCUAAUUUGCUUGUCUUCAUUUUUGUACUCAAACCGGACAAGUUCACCCAUUUAUUACAGAAGAGAAAGUGAUGUGAGAGAAAUGAGUGCCUUUCCGGAAUGUCCUUUUCAUUGA